AUGUAUUUUAUAACAAUAUAUAUAUAUAUAUAUAUAUAUUUAUUUACCCCUUUCGAGUUAUAUACAACUCCGCGUCUUCUUCCACUAUUUAACCGGCAACGGAAAGUACGAUUACUUUUUAAAGCACCAUUACCAACCUUUAAUAAAGCUAUACGUACCCGGAUAGUAAAAUAUCCCCUUUUGCAAAAGGCCAAUAAGGCCGCGUUUUGUUUGUUUAUAAUUGGUUGGUUAAUUAUUUUGUUAUGUAAUUUGUUAAAAUUUGCUAAAUUUAAUUAUUAUUGCUUUAGGCCCCAACCUUUAAGGUACGUACAAGGUAAUAACUUUGCCAAGCACGUAAAAAAGGUGCAUUUAAAAAUCGGAUUAAUGGUGGUAGCGGACGGGUGCAAGGCGGUAGCGCAAAGUUAUUAUCGGUUAUUUUAUCGGCGUUGUUGGUUUUUGGUUGAUUUGGCUUAUCGGCCUUUAUCGGAUUUCGAUUUUGGCAGGCCAGGGGCUUAA